GUCCCGUACUAUAUACUUUUCCAACAAGUGGAGUUAUGCAAUUGACGUUAUCCAUCGUCGUUGGUGCUAUUGUUGUUGUUGUUGUUGCAAAUCAAUGACGUUUGUUUGAACUUGGUGUCGUUACGCGGAUAAAUCUUGAGGAAAUUGGCUAAGUGCGCGCGAAAGACGAUUCGCAAGGACGUGUGUUCCGGAUCUGAAAAAAGUUGCCGAUGCGCUCGAAGGUCGUUUCACAAGCCGCGAACCGUUGUACGAGUGAAACAAGCGGGAAUCCCUAAACCAUAGUCCCGAAGAAAAUGGGCGUACUUCUGAUGAGCGAAGCGGCUUACCCUCGGCUCAGCAGCGGCAGCAACCCCGGUGUUGCUCCCGCGAUAAUGGCUAACAGCAACAAUGUCAACGUUACGAGCAACAACAACAACGGCGAAGCUAGGCAGGAACAUUUUCACCACCUCUGCGCGGCCAAGGAGGAGGAGAGCGGGAGGGGUGAGAAGAGGAGCCGGGCAGACGGACAGGAGACGAGGAUUCAAGGCCGGACGCCCCCGCCGCCCAAGAAAAAGUGGAUUCUGCACUAUCUAUUGGAAGAUGAGCUGAGCGAGGUGAACGAGCACCAGGCGAUCAACGGCAAGAGCCAAAAGCCCUUGCAUUCGCCAUUGUUUACGUCGUCGGAGUUGGUCGCCGGCCCGGAAGUUAGCCCGACGAUCGCCAACUCGCCAAGCCAGGAAUCGACGAAUCCGACGAAUCUCGUCUCGUCGGCGGAUAUUCACCGGUACCAUGAGCACCAGCAACACGAGGGCGUCAUCACAAGCAGUCACUUUAUCGACAGCCAGCACAAUUCCAACUCCAUUCACAGCCUAUCGUCCGGCAGUGGAAACGCGGAUAAUGGCCCCUCGGAGGAGAAAAAGUCACGCAGCAGCAACGGAGUUGCGGGCGGUUUUCGCACGGGCACGAGGGAGGUACACAACAAGCUCGAGAAGAACAGGCGGGCGCACCUGAAGGAGUGUUUCGACAGGCUGAAGGCGACGAUACCCGGAAUGACCAACAGAAAGACAUCGAAUCUUAACGUACUUAAGGAGGCCGUCACGUAUACCAAGCAUCUUCGCAAGCAGAACAUUGACUACGAUCGCAAAAUGACUGAAAUCACGAGGAUAAACAUCGAAUUGCAGAAUAAGUGCAAAGCCCUUAAGAUGAAGAUGUCACUACAGCCCGAGUGGCAGAACGUCGAUCUCGACAAAGUUUUCCCGAUCCAAGACAUCGACAUCAACGUAACGCAUAUCGGUAAGCUCCUGAAAUAA